UUAUAUAUUAUUUUACAUUAGAAGUGGGUCAAUACAUAAAAAAUAUCGAUUAUCAAAUAUCAUUAUUUGAAAUUCUCUUUGAACAACAGACUUUUGGCUGCUCGCAAUUCAAGUAAUUUUGACUUUUAGAGAAUGAUUUUAGUUAUAAUAUUCAUUCUUGGUGUUGGUAUUACUGGCGUUACUGAUAUCUCCUUCUGUCGUCUGCUACAUUCAUUUGUAUUGCAGUCUGCUUGCUAAUGUCAAGUAAAGUUGGUCAUUUUUAGUAAAUCUAUUAUGGAUCAUAAGUUUAAGUUGUUUAUUUUUGUUUUCAUACCGGAGUUCUAACAUUUAUUUCUAAUGAUCGAUCAGGGAUUGUGAAGUGCGAAUUCUAUUGACCCAAACAAAAACGACUUUACCGAACGAAAAUGGCUACAGAAUUCGGGACUGGCAAAACAGUGUUUAUAUUAGCUAUUGUUGUAGGCUGUUUUGCUGUCCUAUGGCCGAAAAUAUUUUAUCCUAUGCUACAAGGCUCGGUUGCUCCAAAGCCUCCGGUUGUUGUAAAUACCAAUGAGUGUUGUGAUGUAAUAUUUGAAAAGGAUGUUAAUCUUAUAAAAAUUAUGACCGAACUUUGUGAGAAGAUACUGAGGCAUGAGGAAGAUUUUGAUAAGAGGUUAGUUAUGAAUUUCCAGCAGGGUAAACUGACCAAGGAAAUUGUUGAUCGAUGUAAAAACGAAGUGAUGACAAAAUGUAAUAUUGACAUCACAACUUUCUUAGAGGAUAAGGUCCGACUCGGUCAGUCUUAUAAACAAAUCUUAGAUGACGUUAGAUCACUGAACAGCUCUCUCUGUUUGAAAGAGAACUUUGGAGUAACUCCAAACUCUCUCGGCGCGCCACGCUACUUGAAGAUAUGGACUUUAACGACUGCAAAACAUCUGCGUCAAGAGAGACCACCUCACUUGCGGCCCGAAAUUCUGCACCCUGCGCUGAGGGAAAGAGGGCGCGCCAUCCCUCAGUCUCACAAGGUUCCUAGGGUCAUCGAGAAGGAUGGACGGCCACCCGUAGUUCCAGGCAUGCGCCCUCCGAUGGGAGGGGCAGGUCAUGUGGUGCCAGCCCCCAAAGGUGGAACCACAAUGGGCAUAAUAAUGCCCAUGUAUACGAUCGGAAUCGUCAUUUUCUUUAUGUACACCAUGAUGAAGUUGCUAUUCAAAAAGUCGGAAGAAACGGCUGCUUACAAAGAGUUCAGUCCGGAUCCAGAAUUUCGGCGUGUAGUUUUCAACGAAUCCGACUACUACCACAACCGACCAUCCACUCACACUCACCACCCUCACAAAGUUGAAGAAGAGAGUGCCACUAAAUUAGGAUGGAAGGAGAGGGACGCUAAGGACAUUGAGUUGGAUCAGCUGCGAAAGCGAUUGGCCGAGACAGAAGCCGCCAUGGAGCGCAUCGUAAAGCUAGUUUCCGUUCCACCGAAACCCGAAUCUAAUAAAAAGGAGUGCGACUCGGAUGUGUUUGAGAAGGAGAUCUCAUCCCCGGAGGAAGCGGUCAAGUUUGCAAAGCAGGUAGAUAGUGCCAAGAGUGAAGUGCGAGUGCUGGGGAUGCAACUGACCGAAAGCAUUGAGGGGGGCCAGCGGUGGAGCCGCCCCUCCACCCCCCAGCCCACCCAUAGGGCUCACACCCCCACUCCAAUCCCCGCCCCCGCACAGGAGAUCUUCCUAGAAGGGUCCCUGCCCUCCCAAUCUCAUCUUUUGGUCAGUCAGUCCGAAGUAGAGAAAUUGCUUGUUCCUGAUGACGACGAUUAUGAUGAUGACGAUGAUAAAGACGCGUCAGUCAUUCUGGCAGGCAAAGUAACCCUUUCACUCAUAGGAGUCGAUUCAGAGCCGAGUACUGAAAAUGAUAAAGAGUCUCUUUCUAGAAGUAAACGAUCUGCUGAAAAAGACAAGGAAACUGUAGUUGAUGACAAAAAAGAGGAUGAUGAAAUUUCCAAGUUGCCAGGCAAAGAUAAUGAUUACCAAGCCAAAUUAUCUGAUGAUGAACUGAUAAAAGGUGAUCAAGUACAAGAAAUAAUAAAAUUGGAGGCGAAGAAAUUGGAAGACAUUCUGUCUCAACUACCAGAAAGGAAGUCUAGCAUUGUUGAUGAAAAUGUAGUUGAAGAAAGUAAUUCAAAUAUCGAAUUGAGCGAAGAAGAGUAUGGUGAAUCUGAAGCGAAGAUCGAGAAGAAUUUGACAACAAAUAAAGGGGAAGAUACAAAUUUGGAAAGUGAUUCAAAGAAUAUUGAAGAAAGAGAAAUUAGAGAUCUAGUUGCGGAAGAAGAUGUAGAUGCCAAUGAAAUAGCAAUUGAUGGGAAGAUUGAGAACAUUGUUGUGAAGGAAGUUGAAGAUGAGUUUGAUAGAUCUCAAAUCCAUCAUGAUGAGAUUGAUAGUAGUGCUCAAAUUUCUUCAGAAUCGAUUGAAGUUGAAAAGGUUGACGAACCAAAAAUAGAAAAUAGUGAAACUUUUGAAUCUUUAAUUGAUUAUGGAAAUGGAAACAAUGAAUCUACAAAGAUUAGAGAGAAAAGAGAAGCUUUGGAUGAAAUUGAUUUUGGAUCGUUUGGUGAUAAGGAUAUCACUGCUACAGAAUGUGAAAAUAUUGAAACUGCUUCGUCUGAAGUAAACUCCAUUCAAACAAGUCUUCCGCUUCUUGAUGAACCCACUUCAAUAUCAGGCUAUGAUGAGGACGCUACAACUGGCGAUCUAGGUGGAUUACCUGAAGAAAUAACGGAGAGUACUAAUGAAGAUUCUCCUAAAGAUGUUAAAGAUGAAAAGUUUGAUUUCGAUCAGAUCAAACAUGAAAUCCAGCAACUGGAAUCAAGCCAUCUUACUGAUGAAAAUGAAGAGAUGAGAGUCUUGGAUGCUGAAGACACCCCGAAAGAAAUUAUUGAUGAUGUAGCCGUUGAAGAUGUUUUGGGGAAAAAUGAUGGGCUAGAGUUAGAUAGCUCCAUAGAAAAAGAUGAAAAUGAAGAGAUGAGAAACUUGGAUGCUGAAGACAUCCCAAAAGAAAUUAUUGAUGAUGACGCUGUUGAAGAUGUUUUGGGGAAAAAUGAUAGGCUAGAGUUAGAUAGCUCCAUAGAAAAAGAUGAAAAUGAAGAGAUGAGAAACUUGGAUGCUGAAGACAUCCCAAAAGAAAUUAUUGUUGAUGACGCUGUUGAAGAUGUUUUGGAGAAGCAUGAAAGUCUAGAGUUAGAUAGCUCCAAAGAAAAUGACAUUUUACCGAAAUCAGUAUCAUUCUCUCUCGAUGAAUACAACUCAAAUAAUGAGAAUGAGUCAUUUGAGAAGGAAAAGAGUCCUGAGAUUGAAUAUUCAGGUGUAAUCGAUGCAGACGAGGAAGAGGAACAAUCUCUUGAUGAAGAAUUCGAAAAAACGUCAAUCGUUCAAGACAGAGAAUUUGAGCUGGAACCGAUCUCAAAUGAUAACAUCAAGGACAGUAUCAUCACAAGUUCUUCGUAUGGCAGCCAAGCUGAUACAAAAACUUUCACUCCGCUUUUGCACAGUGACCUGCAGCUAGAAGAGAAUGGCGAAGAAUCUGUGGAUAAACAGUUCGAAGUGAAUGACGCAGAAUAUUCAGAUGGAAAAUUAGAAGAGGAUCGUGAAAUAUCUUCAGAUGCACAACUGGAAGAUAGUAAUGAAAUAUCUCCUGAUGUUGACAAGAUUGAUACUACUAGAAAUGGCGAAACAGAUGAAGUUAGAAAUUUAUUGGAUGAAGUCAACAGGCUUGAAGAAUCAAAUAUCGCCGCCAAAACGAAAAUCGACAAUGCGCAUGACUACGACGAAGAGGGGGAUGAGGAAGAAGAAGGAGAAGAGUACGAGGAAGAUGCUCCAAACGCCAGAGAAUCAAUCAUAAACAAGGUAGAAAACAAGGAAGAUGAGGAAGAAGCAGAAGAGGAGGAGGAGGAGGAGGAGGAAGAAGAAGAAGAAGAGGAAGAAGAAGAGGCUGAAGAUGCUGCUGGAAUAAAGCACGAGCCAAAAAUAAUGUCUAGGGAAGAGGAAGAUGAAGAGGAGGAGGAAGAAGAAGAGGAGGAAGAACUAGAAGAAGACAAUGAUGAUGGUGUGGUGCAUACUGCUUUCCAAGAGGAUUCAAAAGUUCAAAAACCCACUGCUCAUGUGAAAUUUGAAGAUGAUGAGGAGGAGGAAGAGGAGGAGGAGGAAGAAGAAGAAGAAGACGAAGAGGAGGAAUUGGAAGAAGAGAAGGAGGAGAAAGAGGAUCGAGGACAGAAAAGUUUAAAAACUGCAAGCAGGAAGUAUUGAGAUGAUUAAUUCUUACUUGCUUGAGUUGUAAACUCUUAUCAUAUUAAGAUUGAAAAUGAAUGUGUCUUGCAAGAAUUAGGAUAGGAAGUUUUUCAAAGCCAAGAUUAUUAUUUCAUUUUAAUAUCCUAGUCUAGUCAUUCAAAGAUCUUCAGUUUCUUUAAUCUAGAGAUAUUUCAACUUUACGAAGGAUCUUUCUAUCAACAGAGACAGUACGUGAAUAUGUAUGUAUUGUUUUCUAGUCAGUCGCAAGAAAUUAUUAUUACAUUACAAUAAGAAUAAUGAGGUUGAAUGCAAUUGGAAUAAAGCCUAACUAUUGAUAGUAUAUUGACAUAUUUAGAGUCGGAGAUGUGACAAGAGUUAUCAAACUUGACUUGCCGUUUCAACUAGACCAUCAUCGCAAUUGAAAAUAAAAUCUAAAAUCGAUUGAAAUAAAAUCUUUAAAAUUGCAACCCAAUUUUCUUCAUACAAACUACUGAAAUUUAUUGUCCAAAAUUGUGCAUUCAUGUUGUGUGAGAAAAAGAAAACACUUUUAUUAACUUUAUUAUUUGAUGUUUGUUAGAAAAUAUUAUGUUAUGAAAAAUUGUUGAAAAUAUUAUUCCUCUAUUAAUAUAGAUAUUUAUAUUGUUUGUUGGAAUCUUUUAAAUUUAAGUGAAAAGGCUAACUUGGGCUACUAUGAUCUUGAAAACUGUUCAUUAUCAAUUCGCAAAAAAUUGCUAAAAGAUUGUUUAUGGUGAAUGAUUGUUGCUGUUUAUUAACACUGUCCAAAGCUCUUAUAAAACGUGCCAAAUCUUUUAUACCAAACUUCUAUAACUCAUUAUAAAAUUAGUUUGGAUUUUGAUUAAUUCCAAUAUAUAUUAUGUAUAUGUACAUUUUUCAAAUAUGAAAAUCUACUUCUCAAUAUUAUUUCAUGAAAAGUUUAACUCGAUAGUUUUAUCAUAUGGAGAGCCUGAGUCAUGGAAAUUUACUGAGUCAUGGACUUCACUAGUCCUAUACUAUUUAAAAUAAGUUUUUUCUACUAAUCCAUUUUUAAAAGAUGAAUAUUGCAUUUCAUAUCAAUGUACUGUGAAAGAAACAAAAAGCUAUCAACCAUUGUGCCAAAAUCAAUUAUUCUUGAAGCCAAAACGAAAAAGAGAAACUUUUACUGGUGAAAUUAAUUUAAUACUCAUCUUCUAAUGUACUGUAACUUACAUUAUGAUUACUGAGUAGAUUUUGACUAAUUAUUUAUCUUUUGAAAUAUUUAUUGGUUGUAAUUAAAACGUAGUUAUUGAAAAGUAA